ACAAUCUUCCACUGUCCAUUUCUGAACUUCACCACGUGUCUCUGUUCCUCCAACUACCUAACAGAAAUAAAACUUUUUGUCAAGCUUAGCUUGGAACAACUCAGACAUUCUUCAAAGUUCAGAAACUCACUGGUGACUUCAGCACUAUGUCUUAUAUCAAACCGGAGAAACAAGUGGGUCUGGAGUUAAUCGGUCGGACCAGAUUGAACUAUGUCAACGACCUGGUCAACAUAGCGGUAAUGCUCCACGCGUCCUUUCUACGAUUCUUCCUGGAAAUCGCCCAAAAUCCCCCAAAGAAACCAAAUCUUCCUUUCUACGCUUUUUCCGUCUUCUUUGCUUCGCCAUGCCCAAAUCGCCUGAUUUUUCGCAUCUACACCAAUCGCAGAUUCUUCAAGGAAGGAAAGAUUCCAUAUAAUCGGCAUCAGAGAACCGCGAUGAGAAGAUAUCGAGAUGUAGAAGAAAUCACCACAUUUGGGCAGAGGAAUUCUGGAGUAACAGCGCAACGUCAACCUCUUAAGUGGACAAGUGACGACAUUACAAGUUCAGAGGAAACUGAGUUCCUUGAUACAACCUGAUCGAUGGUGAUAUCUAAAACUGAAAGCAUGUCUUGAGUGUACGGGACCAAUGUUACAGACCAUUGUUGCAGUCAACAAUAGCAGAGAUUGGUUGUAUUAAGCUUGCAAGUGUAAUAGAGCGAUGAAAUUGGAUGGUGCCAUGUAUUAUUGUGUGCAUUGCAUGUGCCAUGUUCUGAAUGUCACUCCAAGCCCUAGUAUUUACUGCAGUUGUCCGUGUGAAAUAUACCCAACGACAUGUGGCCCGCUCAACCCAAACGUCUAGAAGUCCAUACCUU